AUGAUGCAUCAUGAUAAUGAGGAUAAUAUAUGGAAUUUGUAUACUAAAUAAUUAGGUUUAUUUUUAAGUUCUAAAAUUACUUUAAACACAGAACAAUUAUUUAUAUAAUGUAUUUCUAUAUACUAUUCUUUGAGAUCGUGUAUGGUUCUCAGUUAUACUCGAGAUCAAAAGGUAGUGUAGAGAAUCAAAAUUUUAGUGGAUGCAUUUACUCUGGUUCAAAUUCUGAUUACGUUCUAUUUCAAUGUAUUUAACAUAAUGCAUUGGUUCCUAAAUUAGAACUCACAUAAAAUUAAGUAGAUAUAAGUGUUUUACAUAUUAGAUAGGAAUAUAUUCUUUCGAAAGAAAUGGAGAAACUUAGUUAAGUAAUUACUUAAUUUGUGACCUCAUCACUAAUGGUGAUUAUAAAACCUUAUCAAUUAAAAGGAUUUUAUAUCCUGAAUACUCUAAUUAGAUUAAAUAGGAACAUAAUCUAAUGUUUUAUGAACUUACAUAGAUAGAUUCUAUUUAUAUGAUGAUUUCACUAUUGAAAAGAAUAGACAAGCAAAAUUACAUAAUAGAAAUGCUUCCAAUAUAUCCUGGGAAUGUGAAUUAGUUUUACAGCAUUUCAUAUAAAUUCAAUUCAAACGAUAAUGCAAGUAUCAUUGGUUUUUCACAAUAUUACAAUAAAAUAAGGAAUUCCAUAUUGCUAAUCGUGUUGAAGUAAAAUCAAAUCAAAUUGAUUGAAUACUCUUUAUUUGAUAAGCAAUUUAGAGAUGUUUAUAUAUACUCUUUAUCUGAAAAUAAUGUGCCUUCAAAUUGGAAUAUAUGGAAAUCAGGUUAUAUCAUUAUUACAUAUGAGCAAUUCUAAGUACUAUAUAGUAUUGGGGAGAUUUUAUAUGAAAUUUAAGAAAUAUAUCGAUUUGAUUCACAACCACUAUAAAUGUUAACAAAUUUUGAUGGAAUAGAUUCAAAUUAUAUAUUGUAACAAAAUAUCAAUGGAAUUAAAUUAUUCAUUAUUGAAGAAAAUAAAUACUAAUUUUAUUAAAAAUCGGUAAGAUUGAUUUAAUAAUAUGAUCUACCAUAUUCUAAUAUAGCAUUUCAUAUAGAUUAAAUUUAAUUGAUGUUGAUAUAUGAUCAAUUUGAAACAAUAAAUGUCAAGAUUGAUUAUUUAAGGAUGGAUUAAUUUUAAUAAUGUUAAUUUAAUAUUGAAGAAUUACCUAAGAUGAAUUUAUAAUCAAUUCAAUAUUAAUAAAGAUAUGAAAUAGAAUCUUAAUAAUAAAUAAAUUAUGUUCAAUAAAAAUAAGAUUGUUAAAUGCCCUGUGAUUUAAUAUAUGAAUCUUUGAAUAUUUCUUUAAUUCCAUAUAAAUCUGAAUGUAUUAUUGAAUCUUUUUAUAAUCAAUUUAUAAAUGGUUGCAAUAAAUUUAAUAGUUGUUAUGUUUGUAUGAAAUAAAUUGGUUGUGAAUGGAUUGAAGAAGAAUGUUAAAUAUAAUAGAAUUAAUAUAGUUUGAGUUUUAAUUAAAUUAGAGAAAGUUCAAAAUGGUUUAAUAAUAAAAUAAUGAAUUGUGGUUAGGAAAUUGAAUUUAAUUCAACAUACUAUGGAAAUGUUUCAAAAGGAUCAAUAUUUACAUGGUUUUAUGAUGCUAACAUAUAUUAAUAAUUUAGUUUACUUUUUAAUUUAUAAUUAGAUAAAUUAACAAAUAAAAAUUUCAUUUAAUAAAGCAUUUGUUUAGGGAAUGAUACAUAAUAAUUAUGUGAUUAAAUUAUGAUAAGUGAUUACAAAUCUGAUUUUAUAUUUAAAGGUUAUUAUUUUAGAAUUACAAUUGUUAUAUUGGAAGAUAUAGUAGUAAAUGAUCUGACAGUCACAUUUUAAUAAUAAGAUCCUUAUAUGGAUAGACAAGAUUUUAAAAUAUAAAAAUUAACAUGUUUAUUAUUGGGAGCCAUAAUUCUAUUUGGAAUAAUUAUUUAUAUAGCAAAUAAGAGAAUGAAUUAUUUGAUCUCACUUACUCUAUAGGAUAGUAAACAAAGUUUGGAUAAUGACAGUCUCUCCAAUAUGAUGGAGAAUAUGAUUAAAGAAAAGAUACUUAUAAAGUAAUACUUUUCUAAACAGAUUCUAAAUUAUGAUGAAGAUAAAUGUCCUUUUUGUAUUGAGAAAUAUGAAAUAAAAUAGGAAAUCAUUUAGAUAUUCUGUGGACAUACAUUUCAUUUAGAAUGUUUCGAAGAUUGGAUUAGAAUAAAUACAAAAUUAGUAAGAUGUCCAAUUUGCAAUUAAACGUAAUAUACUGAUUUAAAUUUUAGGAUUGAAUAUUUUUUAAAAAAUAAAGAUUAAUUUAAAAAAUCAAUCGAUGUUUGA